AUGGACACGUUCGUGGAAAACUUUCACGCUAAGAAGGACGUCGAACGAAUGGAGUACGUUCCGUUAGGACGGACAGGUUUGAAGGUGUCGAAAGUUUCCUUCGGUACGGGUACUUUUAGUCAGCUUUACGGUGACCUGGACGAAGAGAAAGCCGUGGAAGCCGUGGUGUUUGCGGUGAAGCAAGGGAUAAAUUACUUCGAUACGGCCCCAUUCUACGGUCAGGGUCGUUCGGAGGAGGUGCUCGGAAAAGCGUUACGAAAAAUACCACGGCAAGCGUACUAUGUCGCUACGAAAGUGGGCCGUUACGAGCGAGACUUCGAGCGAAUGUUUGAUUACAGUGCAGCUAAAACGCGUGAAAGUGUGGAAAGAAGCUUACACCUGCUCGGCGUAGAUUACAUCGAUGUGGUACAAAUUCACGAUGUAGAGUUCGCACCGAACCUGGACAUUGUGCUGGAGGAGACCCUGCCCACGUUGGAAGCAUUGCGCAAUGAAGGAAAGUUACGCUUUAUCGGCGUGUCCGCUUAUCCGCUAAAUGUGCUGAAGCAAAUCAUUUCCAAAGCUCUGGGCCGUUUCGAUACGGUACUGUCCUACUGUCGAAACACACUUUUCGACGAGGCACUAAAAGAUUACGUGCCAUUCUUCCAACAACAUCAUUUGGGCAUUAUUUGUGCAUCCGGUCAUGGUAUGGGGCUACUUACAAACGGUGGUCCACAACCGUGGCAUCCAGCCGAUCAACAAUUGAAAUCAGUUUGUGCAGAAGCAGCAGAAUACUGCAAGCAGCAUUGCAUCGAACUCGGUAAGUUGGCCAUGCAUCACUCAAUUGAACUGCCCGGUCCGGCAACGUUUCUGGCAGGGAUGCAGACUACGGAAUUGGUCAACAUCAAUCUGGACACAUACUUGAAUGGAUUGUCGAAAACGGAAGCUGAGGUGUUGGCGUAUCUAAGGGAGAGGGUAUUUGCCAAAACGAACAAAACACACUGGGAAGGCGUUGAGCUGGAGUCGUACUGGGCCGCUAUGAAAGCGACAAAGUCAGAAUUAAAUGUAUGA